AUGUGGCCCGUUGGGAUCUGCGCUAUUGCAACGGCGUUGACACGAUGUGAUAUUGCCUUUGUCAUUGAAAUGGUCCCUGAAUGCCUUGCAGAAGCAGAGCGCUUAGGUGCAAAGCCACUUCUGCUCAACGAAGAUCCGGGGGCGGCUAUCAAGGCUGCCACUGAUAGAUGCGGUGCCGAUAUUCUGCUCGAGGUGGUGGGAACGCUUGAUGCCAUGCGGCUCUGUGUGGACAUUGUGCGUACGUUCGGUAGUAUCAGCAGCGUCGGAGUUCAGACGGAGACAGUUGCUCUCGAGGGACCAGUUCUAUAUGGUAAAAACGUGACCAUCGCAUGGGGCCACUGUCCUGUUCGCGGUAUCUUCGAAGAGGCUCUCGCGACACUGGAUAAGGUGCAAGACAAAGUGUCUUUCUUGUGUGACCGCUCUAUAAAGCUUGAAGAGGCCGAGGAGGCCUGUUGGCUGUUCAACGAUCGGAAGGCUCACAAGGUCCUCUUAGUCCGUACUCAGUGA